AUGGCGGCGCUGAAGGAGGCUCGGAGCUACGGACUGUCGUGCGGGCGGCUGGGAGACGGCAACCGGGUGUCCGUGUUCCACGUGAAGCUCACCGACAGCGCCCUGAGGGCCUUCGACUUUUACAGACUCAGGUGUGACUCUGUCUCACUGAGACCGUCGAUCCGCUUCCAGGGCAGCCAAGGGCACAUCUGUGUCCCUCAGCCUGACUGCCCCUCUGAGGCCCGAACCUUCUCCUUUUACCUCUCUAACAUUGGCCGUGACAGCCCACAGGGCAGCUUCGACUGUGUGCAGCAGUACCUGUCCAGCCAUGGGGAUGUCCACCUGGACUGCCUGGGCAGCAUCCAGGACAAGAUCACAGUGUGCGCCACUGACGACUCCUACCAGAAGGCGCGACAGAGCCUGGCGCAGGCUGAGGAGGAGACGCGGAGCCGCAGUGCCAUCGUCAUCAAGCCUGGUGGCCGAUACCUGGGCAAAAAGGUUCAUUUCCGGAAGCCAGCCCCGGGGCCAACGGAUGCCGUGCCCUCCCGGAAGCGGGCCACCCCCAUCAACCCAGCCAGUGCUCUCAAGAAGGGCAGUGGUGGGGGCAGCAGUGGAGGGGUCUCCCAGCGGCCCUUCCGUGACCGGGUGCUACACCUCCUGGCGCUGAGACCCUAUAGAAAGGCCGAGUUGCUGCUGCGGUUGCAGAGGGAUGGGCUGACACAGCCAGACAAGGACUCACUAGACGGCCUCCUCCAGCAGGUGGCCAAUGUGAGCACCAAGGAUGGCACGUGCACGCUCAAGGACAGCAUGUACAAGGAUGUACAGCGGGACUGGCCUGGCUACUCAGAGGGCGACCGACAGCUGCUCCAGCGCCUUCUCGUCAGGAAGCUGUGCCAGCCACAGGGUGCCGGUGCCCUUCCUGGGGACCCUGCUGCCAGCCCUCCAGGAGAGCACGGGAAUGCCUCCUUGCAGCCACAGAAGCGACCGCAGCCCCCUGAAUUCAUUGACCCGCUCUCCAGCAAAAAGCCCCGGAUUUCACACUUUGCCCAGCGCACCCAGCCUGCUGUCAAUGGGAAACUGAGUGCACCCCAUGGCCGUGCCACCCCCCUUCCUCCAUUACCCGAGCCCCCACGGCCCCACGACCCUCUGGCCGAUGUCAGCAAUGACUUGAGCCACAGUGGCCGGGACACUGAGCCCUCUGACAUGGGUGGCUCAGGCCCCACCGAGCGCCUGUGCCCGCCCCCAUCCCCAGACUGCACACGGCCCAGCCGGCCCCACAGCAAGGCCAAGAAAAAGUCCAAGAAGCACCGCGACAAGGAGCGGCUGCCCAGGGACCGGCAUCGAAGUUCACAGCCCAACCAGGAGCCUGUGGAGAGCUCAGGCAGCAGUCUUGGAGCCCUGCCAGAAGCCUCUGGGUUGAAUGGCUCCUGUCCCAGUGCCAGCAUCCCCACCUCAACCUCAGACACACCCGACUACUUACUGAAGUAUGCAGCCAUCUCCUCCUCAGAGCAGCGGCAGAGCUAUAAGAACGAUUUUAAUGCCGAGUACAGCGAGUACCGUGACCUGCACGCCCGCAUUGAGCGUAUCACUCGGCGCUUCACGCAGCUCGACUCCCAGCUCAGGCAGCUCUCCCAGGGCUCCGCAGAGUAUGAGACUACACGUGGGCAGAUCUUGCAGGAGUACAGAAAAAUCAAAAAGACCAACACCAACUACAGCCAGGAGAAGCAGCGCUGCGAGUACCUGCACAGCAAGCUGGCCCACAUCAAGCGGCUUAUUGCCGAGUACGACCAGCGGCAGCUACCUGCCUGGCACUAG